AUGGCUCCAGGAUUCGACCAGCUCUCCGACCACGAUUUCGAAGAUGAAGCAGAGAACAUCGACUUCAGUGACCUCAAAGAACGAUAUGAUGUGCGCAUGGAGGAAGGCCUCGACACUUUUGUCGUUAUCGAUGGCCUCCCAAUCGUGAACCAAGAACAAAAAUCAAAACUCGUCAAAUUCUUGCUCAAGAGGCUAAACUCUGUUGGGCGCAUAAAAGAUGGCGAGGAGUCAGUCUUCAUGCCCAUGAAUGAGCAGGGAAUGUCCGAAGGUUUCGCCUUUGUCGAGUAUCAAACUCCAGAACAGGCCAUCGCAGCCACCAAACAAUUGCACGGAACAGCCUUGGACAAAAGACACACACUGGCAGUGAACAAGCUUACUGACAUUGAAAAAUAUGGCAGAGAAGGAAGGAUAGAUGAAGAAUAUGUCCCUCCUGAGAUCGAACCAUUUGUAGAGCAUGAACAUCUCAGAUCAUGGCUCUUUGAUCCUCAAGCUCGAGAUCAAUUCGUCAUGUUCCGAGGAGACAACGUGGGAGUUUUCUGGAACAACAAAAAGGAACCUCCCGAGCCCAUCGUCGACCGCAAACACUGGACACAACUCUUUGUUUCGUGGUCGCCACAGGGGACGUACCUUGCUUCUAUUCACCAGCAAGGUGUUCAAUUAUGGGGUGGCCAGUCUUUCAAGAGAAUUAGACAGUUCCCCCAUCCCUUUGUCAGCCUGAUCGAAUUUUCACCGGGUGAAUCAUACUUGACCACCUGGUCUAAUCAGCCCAUCACCGUGGAAGAAGGGAAAGGGCCUCUCACCAUCGACGAAGAAGGCAAGCACAUCGUCGUCUGGGACAUCACCACGGGCAAACCACUCCGAUCUUUUGUCGCACACGACCUCACGCCUCCCCCAGGCGCGGACCCAGCAGCCAUCCCACCAAAAGCGAAAGUCCAAUGGCCAGCGUUCAAAUGGUCUGCGGAUGAAAAGUACGUUGCGAGGAUGAAGCCUCAUGAGAGCGUCUCGAUCUACGAACUUCCCAGAAUGAACCUCCUGGACAAGACAUCUGUCAAGGCUGAAGGAAUCAUGGAUUUUGAAUGGGCCCCCUCCACGACCCAACGGGAAGGAAUCAAGACCUACGAAUCACUCCUCUGCUUCUGGACCCCCGAGAUCGGCUCUAACCCUGCGAAGGUGGCAUUGAUGUCCGUCCCGUCCAAGGAGAUUGUGAGAACUCGGAAUCUCUUCAACGUCACCGACGCAAAACUCCACUGGCAGUCUGAAGGGAAGUUCAUCUGUGUCAAAGUAGACCGCCACUCCAAAUCCAAGAAAUCUAACGCCACGAACCUUGAAAUCUUCCGCAUCAGAGAAAAGGGCGUCCCUGUCGAAGUUGUCGACUCUCUCAAGGAUACCGUCAUUAACUUCGCGUGGGAACCCAAAGGUGAUAGAUUUGUGCUGAUCACCGCGGGGGAAGCAGUUGCUGGCAGUAACGUCCUGCCCAAAACAUCCGUCUCUUUCUUCGCUCCCGAGAAGAUCAAGGGUCCCGGUACUGGAGCGUUCAAGCUUGUGCGCACAUACGAUAAGAAAAAUUCCAACGGCAUCUACUGGUCGCCCAAAGGUCGAUUCGUAGUCGUUGCCACAGUCAGUGUGCAACAGCAUUCGGACAUUGACUUUUAUGAUCUGGACUACGAGGGCGAAAAAUCCGAGACCGAUGUUGCUGCCAAUCUAAAUGCGAACCUCAUGUUGAUGAAUAGUGAGGAUCACUAUGGUAUGACGGAUGUGGAUUGGGACCCCACGGGGAGAUAUGUGACUACGAGUGCUAGUGUGUGGACUCAUCAGAUGGAAAACGGCUGGCGGCUAUGGACCUUUUACGGCUCCCUCCUCUCCGAACACCCGACCGAGAAAUUCAAACAAUUGAUCUGGCGGCCGCGGCCACCUACCUUGCUCAGCAAAGAAGAACAGCGCACCAUCCGCCGCAACCUGCGCGAAUACUCGAAAGAAUUCGACGAGCUGGACAAGGAGAUGGAAGAAGGAGCGAACCAGGCCGUCAUCGACGCGAGACGGAGACUGUACAUGGAGUGGUACAGCUGGGUGGCGAGGGAGAAGGAGCUGUUGAGACAGGAGAGAGAGGAGCUCGGCUUGAAGGAUCCGGACGAGGAGUUGGCGCUCCAGCGGACCAGAAGUGUGGAAGAAGAGGGCGAAAAGGUUGUUGAGGAGGUGGUGGAGGAGGUGAUUGAGGAGACAGAGGAAGUUGUGCAGUAA